AUGGAAGUUACUGAUCCUCAGAAAAAUGAGGAAUCGGUUAUUAAGAAGACCAGGUAUAACCUGGAAGUUACUGAUCCUCAAAAAAGGAAGGAAUCACUUAAAGACCAGGUAUGCAUUCAAACCCUGGAAGUUACUGAUCCCCAGAAAAAGGAGGAAACAGAAGAACACCAAGAGAUGAAAUUCGGUUGGAAAAUCAUAAUAGGGUAUGUUGUUGGGUUCAUCGGAGCAGCAUGCGAGAGCAUUGGAGGAGUCGGAGGAGGUGCAAUUUUCGUUCCAAUGCUCACACUAAUCAUCGGAUUUGAUGCAAAAUCCUCAGUUCCGGUAUCUAAAAGUAUGAUAACUGGGGCUGCUGUGUCAACAAUGUAUUACAACUUGAAGAGAAGGCAUCCAAUACUCGAUAUGCCAGUCAUUGAUUAUAAUUUGACACUUCUCAUGCAACCUAUGCUCUUGCUUGGUGUGAGUUCUGGUGUUAUUCUUAGUGAAGUCUUUGCUGAUUGGAUGGUCACUGUUUUCCUUAUCAUUCUUUUCCUUGCCAUGUCAAUUAUGUCUUUCUUCAAAGGUGUCCAACUGUGGAAAAAAGAAACCAAACUGAAGAAGGAUAACAACAGUUGCUUGGUGUCAAAUGGUGAUUUGGGCAAUGAAGAAAAACAGGUAGCAUGUGAAGCAAGUGAUAGCAUUCAGAAGGAGAUGCGAACUAAGGUCCCAAUACUUGAGAAUGUCUACUGGAAGGAACUAGGACUUCUUGUUUUUGUGUGGGUUGCAUUUCUUAUACUGCAUAUUCUUAAGAAUAACAGGACUAUGUGUUCGACAACAUAUUGGCUUGUGUCUGCAAUGCAGAUUCCUGUUUCAGUAGGAGUGACACUCUAUGAGGCAGUUGGAUUGUACAACGGAAAGAAAGUGAUUGCAUCUUUAGGAGAAAAGGGUGCAAAGUGGAAGGUCCCUGAGCUAAUUUUCUUUGCUUUUGUUGGCGUAAGUGCUGGUUUGGUCGGUGGAUUAUUAGGUAUUGGUGGUGGAUCUAUCAUGGGUCCUCUCUUCUUGCAGCUUGGAAUUCCUCCACAGGUUGCAACUGCAACAGCUACUUUUGCCAUGACCUUUUCUUCUUCCAUGUCCGUUGUUCAGUAUUAUCUUCUCAAGCGUUUUCCGGUUCCUUACGCUCUUUACUUCCUAGGAGUGGCAUUUUUAUCUGCAUUAGUGGGACAACAUUUAGUGAGAAAGGCUAUAUCCGUUUUAGGAAGAGCCUCUAUCAUUAUCUUCGUUCUCGUCUUCACGAUCUUUGUUAGUGCAGUCUUACUAGGUGGGAUUGGCAUAGCAAACUUGAUCAAUAAAAUUGAGCACAAUGCGUACUUGGGUUUCGAGAAAUUGUGUGCAUGA